CUCUCCCGACCAGUGUUGGCAACAUAAAUUCCCCCGGAAUCCACCUCUUCUCCCGCCUUGCUCUACGCCCAGUUCCUCUCGACUGUCAUCCCAUUCUUGUCCGGGGUGGCGUCCUUCCGUUAAACCACAGUCGCUCGCCGCAUCCCAACCCCCGUGGUCUGGUCCGCACCACGAUCCGGUGGGUUGCGGUAUCCUUGCAAUGAGCUUGACGUCGCGCUUCUUGGGCCUGUUCACGACGACAGAGACACCGUCUACCGAUCCCCCUUCUCCUGCGUCGGCCUCUCAGUUCCCCAAUGUUGCUCCCGCUAGCAGCGACCAUGUCUUUCAUUCCGCCGGUCCGAUAAGCGCAUCCAGCGACCAUAAUGCUCAGAAGGCUACGUCCCUUGCGGAUGAGGAGGAGCCUCGGCCUCCCUAUCUACAUGCCAUGCUGGCUGGAGGUACCGGUGGUACCUGCGGUGACAUGCUCAUGCAUUCGUUAGAUACGGUUAAGACUCGACAGCAAGGCGAUCCCCACUUCCCUCCGAAAUAUACCUCUAUGACCUCGUCGUAUGCGACCAUUUAUCGACAAGAGGGAUUCUUCCGUGGUCUGUACGGUGGUGUGACGCCGGCGCUGUUUGGGUCUUUCCCUGGAACGGUCAUCUUCUUUGGUGUCUACGAGUUCACCAAGCGGAAGAUGAUCGACUCUGGGAUCAACCCCAAUAUUGCGUACCUGUCUGGAGGUUUCUUCGCCGACUUGGCUGCCUCCAUCGUAUACGUUCCCUCCGAGGUUUUGAAGACGCGGCUGCAGCUGCAAGGACGCUACAACAACCCGCAUUUCAACUCGGGAUACAACUACCGCUCGACCACGGAUGCUCUACGCACGAUUGUUCGCCAGGAGGGUUUCUCUGCCCUCUUCUACGGAUACCGGGCGACCAUCUAUCGUGACCUUCCCUUCUCGGCCCUGCAGUUCGCAUUUUACGAGCAAGAACAACGGUUGGCGAAGGAAUGGGUGGGCUCGCGAGACAUUGGACUGCCUUUGGAAAUUAUGACUGCGGUUACGGCUGGUGGAAUGGCAGGUGUGAUGACUUGCCCGAUGGACGUGGUCAAGACGCGGAUCCAGACGCAGCAGAACCCGGAAAGCUUGAGCUCGACCAAGUCGGCGGGUGAACCUGCGUCGACGAAGGAGAGCCCGCGCCAGCAUACGUCAUCGCACACGACGUCCACCCUGCGCACCCACUCGCGACCCAUCUCGACGUCUGGAGCAUCGACGUCGGUCGCGCCGCCCGGGGCUCCCCGUCUGGAUACCUCGUCUUUCUUCACUGGCUUGAAGAUGAUCUACCAGACCGAGGGCAUUGCGGGGUGGUUCCGCGGAGUCGGACCCCGCGGAGUGUGGACCAGCAUUCAAAGUGGAACAAUGCUGGUCAUGUACCAGUACCUUUUGAAGAAACUGGAAGCUUACCAGGGGGUGGAAGACCUGAGCCCUUUGUGAGGGUAAGCUUCUAACUUGCAUUGAAGAUUUGGCAUCUGCGAGCCGAUAGUGAGGUUACUAUCAGCGGGUGUCUGGGACACACGGUGGGGUGUCCGCUGUAGAUAAAAAGAAAAGAGCGCACCACAACCGGAGCAUGAGCAUGAGCAUGAGCAUGAGCAUGAGCAUUAUAGACGGCUAUGUUGGAAGGGUGACCGGACGGGAGUGGUAUGAUUUUUACUUUGUUCUUUCUUCUUUUCUUUCUUUUCGGCUUCUUUUUCUUCUAAUUAUUGGAUUCCCAUUCCCCUCCCGUCGUUUUCCCCGCAUGUUGAGAGCUUCCAUGAUUGCAUGAUCGGGUGGUUGUGGUUCAGGGCGCGCAUUUUGUUUAUAGGAGGAAGGACAUCAUCUCAUGUACGGAUACUUUUACAUUGAUAGACAUUAGACAAGGGCUGG